AUGCCGCCUGUUUCAGGCCUGUGUCAAGCAGCCCUCGUGGCUGCCGAGGACCCAACAGCAUUAAAGCCUAUGCCAGGUAGGGAGCUCGGUGUUGACCCAAGUAUCCGGGGAACCAGCGGAGUUCCGCCGGCUCGUCCCAACUCAUCAGCCCAGCCCAGCCCAGCCCAACACUGGGAUCCGCACCACUCUCCGGACAGCUGGGAGACGACUACCCAGAUCGGCAAGCCAUCACAUCUCGCAGGUGGUGGAGCAGUUGACGAGCCUCGGCUGGUGACGAGAAAAGCAUACCGCAUGCAUUCCCACCACUCUUGCAACUCUGGACGAAACCUCGAGCUCAGGGAUGCUGUUAGAAACACGACCUGCUUGUUUCGGGUUACCUCCAUCGUGGGGCAGAGAGGCAGAGAUGCACGACAUCGGUGGGUCCGCGGCAGAGACGGAGGUGCGGCCACGGCUACACGGGGAGACGGAGACAGAUAUCCGUGA